UAAUGUUUUAAGAAAGUUUACAAAUUUGUGUUAGGCCACAUUCAAAGCCCGCAGCCCGAGGGUUGGACAAGCUUGCUGCAGAGGCUGCUCUAGAUAGGGCUGCAGGGGUGGCGUCCGGCAGCUCUAGCUGGAGAAGCAGGAGGAAGGGCAGGAAGGAAUCCUGUUCGGAGCUCCUCGUGUCAUACAUACAGCCCAGCGGGGUGAAGUGGGAGGGGCUGGCGCUACUGCAGGGGGCUAACCUUGGCGGUGAGGGGCAACCUCGGAGAGGAAGCUGCCCAGGAGCAGAGGCUGGGGCGGAGGGCCCUGGGCAGUGCCCCUAUGCCCACAGCAGGACCCUGGCUGCCCGUUCUCCUCUGCAGAGGGCCAGUUGUCUGAAGCUGCCCAGCAGGGAGAGAACAGGCCUGGCCUGGACUGGAAACCUGCCAUCUGGCCUCUCGAACCUGAGGACUCCAGGGGGCCUUGAAGAAGGGCCUCAGCGGCAGCAGAGGACCCCGGGCAACUGUGCCUGAGCUGGGCGCUGAUGAUGACUGACACCUGCUGUGUCCCAGGCACUCGCGGCCCCACAGCAGGAGUCGCUGGCGUGAGGGGUUGUCGAGCUUCACAGAGGCCGGGCUGUGUGCCAGGGCCCCGACAGGGCAGGAAGCAGAUAGAGUCCCACAAGCACGAGCCCAGUCCGCAGAAAGGGUUACUUAAAAAAUAAGUUCUGUGAUAACAUCAAACAGGGUGAAGGGCUAGAAACAGGCCGUGAGGGUGCAGCUUUGGGGAGAGAGGGUCCCUGGGGGUGAGCGGGGAGCGAGGAGAGAAACAGCACUCUGGAGGGGCCCGGGCAAGGCCUGCCUGAGUGGGAGGGGGCAGGGCACGAGGGCCCGGGCUCCAGGCUGGGUGGGACUGCCCUGAAGUGCCCCCACGCCCUGCGGAGACAGCCAAGGGGCAGAUGGAGAGAGGUAGGGGGUGGGCUGGGGACAGCGUUUCCUGUAAACAGGUGGAAACUGGCGGUGAGGGGCCCUUCCCAGAGACAGUCAGAGUCUCUAAAUGUCCAGUUUCUUCCCCAAGUCCACACAGCCCACAAGAAUCCACUGGGUCCACGUGGCCCUGCCCAGUGGGGCUUCCCUUCCAGUGUGUGAGGAGCACAGGUGCCAGGCCACGUCAGGGAGGCCAGGCCUGGUGGGGACGGGGUGCCCCAGGCCACUGCUGGGGAGGAACGAUGCCCAGCGGAGGGGGCGCGGUGGAGUUCAUGGCUGGCCUGGCGGUGGGGGGUGGGGGAGCUCUGCAGGGCCCUGGCUCUGGUGGGCUGGGUAGGCCUGUUUGGGCACCAUCUGAUCCGCCAGAGGUGGAAGGAGCACCCCUGGGAGAUGCCCUGCCCUGCACCUCCAGUCCCUGCCUGACGGCGGCCGGGCUUGGACUGAUCAGGUGCCGUGCCUUCUGCUGACCCCAGAGGCCAGACCCUGCGGCCAGAGUGAGGGGUGGGAGUUGAGAUCGGGCGGAUGAAAACCCAAAUCUGAGCCUCCUGCCCGGGGAUGAGGCCCCUCUCCACUGAACAUCAUGGCCCAUGGAGACUCGGCGGGGAACCCGAGGGCCCACACUGGGGACUGGGCCUGGAGGGACAGCCGGGGAAGCAGGAGGAAGGGCAGGAAGGACAGCAGGCGAAGCAGGAAGGAAGGGACAGGAGCCAGGCCCGGGAUAACAGCAGAGAAGGACCGAUGCCCAGCCAGGGUUUCCUCAGGUGCCUCUGGGUAGAGAGCCCUGGUCUGGCUCAGGAGGCCCAGGCACUGGUCUCAGACCUGUCCCCACCUGUGUGACGCUGGGCCAAGCUCUUCCCUUCCCUGGGCCUCAGUUUCCACCGCUGUAAAGUGGGGAAGGGUGAAACUGAAGCUCUCCCCAGCCUAUCCCGGCCGUUGAGGAGAGACAGGCUGUGGUCAGGGGCUGUGGGGCCCAAGCUGGGGAGACAAGGCUCCCGCUCUCAGGAUGGACAGGGCCCAGGAAGGGGUGCUCUGCACCGUGGGGGAGCAGCCUGGGCCUACGGGCUCCCCCACCAUGAACCCAGAGGGAAGAUGUCCGCUGAGGAGGUGGGGGCCAGGGAGAAUAUUCUAGAGCAGAUAGGGGUGGUCUGGGUAGGCUUCUGAGGGGGUGGGCUUGGAGGAGGGGCAGGGGGGGGAAGCAGGGGAGGAUCCAGCGUGCCUGCAUAUGCUGGAGCAUGUGCCUCUCACCCGUGUGCGUUGGUGUGUGCAUGUGUGUGUGCAUGUGUGCCAGGGUGUGUGUGUGUAUUGGAAGGUGCCCACGGAGCGUGUCUGCAUGAACCAGGAUGAGUGUGCGUGCUGCACCCUGUCUGGGGGCUGGGCAUGAGGCGCUGGGGAGGGCGGGCUGACCGCAGACCCUGGGAGGGCUGGGCCCUGGGAAGAUUUCCGAGAUGACAGGGCAGAAGUGGGCUGGGGAGGAGGAAGGCUCCGUGGGCGGGGCUGGAGCGCCUCUGGUUUUGCUGUCUGUCUCUCACGCUGUUUCCAGAACAAAUGUGUGCCCUCAGCAAGGAUGCUGGCUCCUCAGAGGUGUCAGCACAGGCAGCCGGCACCCCACUUCCCUCCCAGAAAUCCCCCACGCCUUCUAGCUGGGGCUGGUGCAGGAGCAGUGGGGAACUCCGGUUACCCCUGCCCUGCUGCCGUCAGUCAGCCACCCGCCCCCCCACCUUAAGGAGGGGCAGAGUCAGGGACCAGCCCCGAGGGGUGGCUCACCCCAGCUUCACUUCCCCCAGCCCUUCUCAGACAGCCACUGUGCAGGCUUUGGCAGCGGGGGUCACACACUCCACCUAGGAGGCCAAAGCUGCCUGCAGCCCCAGGACCAUGAAUGGCACCUACAACACCUGUGGCUCCGGCGACCUCACCUGGCCCCCGACGAUCAAGCUCGGCUUCUACACCUACUUGGGCAUCCUGCUGGUGCUGGGCCUGCUGCUCAACAGCCUGGCGCUCUGGGUGUUCUGCUGCCGCAUGCAGCAGUGGACGGAGACCCACAUCUACAUGACCAACCUGGCGGUGGCUGACCUCUGCCUGCUGUGCGCCUUGCCUUUCGUGCUGCACUCCCUGCGAGACACCUCAGACACGCCGCUGUGCCAGCUCUCCCAGGGCAUCUACCUGACUAACAGAUACAUGAGCAUCAGCCUGGUCACGGCCAUCGCCGUGGACCGCUAUGUGGCCGUGCGGCACCCGCUGCGUGCUCGCGGGCUGCGGUCCCCCAGGCAGGCUGCGGCCGUGUGUGCGGUCCUCUGGGUGCUGGUCAUCGGCUCCCUGGUGGCUCGCUGGUUCCUGGGGAUGCAGGAGGGCGGCUUCUGCUUCAGGAGCACCCGGCACAAUUUCAACUCCAUGGCGUUCCCGCUGCUGGGCUUCUACCUGCCUCUGGCCGUGGUGGUCUUCUGCUCCCUGAAGGUGGUGACUGCCCUGGCCCAGAGGCCACCCACUGACGUGGGGCAGGCAGAGGCCACCCGCAAGGCUGCCCGCAUGGUCUGGGCCAACCUCGUGGUGUUUGUGGUCUGCUUCCUGCCCCUGCACGUGGGGCUGACGGUGCGCCUCGCUGUGGGCUGGAACGCCUGUGCCCUCCUGGAGACGAUCCGUCGCGCCCUCUACAUAACCAGCAAGCUCUCAGAUGCCAACUGCUGCCUGGACGCCAUCUGCUACUACUACAUGGCCAAGGAGUUCCAGGAGGCAUCUGCACUGGCCGUGGCUCCCAGUGCUAAGGCCCACAAAAGCCAGGACUCUCUGUGUGUGACCCUCGCCUAGGAGGCGUGCCGUGGGCGCUGUGGGCCAGGUCUCAGGGGCUCCGGGAGGUGCUGCCUGCCAGGGGGAGCUGGGACCAGUAGCAAGGAGCCCAGGAUCAGCCCUGAACUCACUGUGUGCUCUCUUGGAGCCUUGGGUGGGCAGGGACAGCC